GGAAUUAUAUGUUUCCAUGGUAACAAAACAAACCCAACAAAUAAAUUGUCAAAACUAACAGACAUUUUUGAACCCAAAAAUGGAUUGCCGCCGAGAAUGGGUAAAAAAUAAAGUUUCCUGCUACUUAGGUUUGGAAAAUACACCAGAAAAUGAUUACUUUGAAGAUAUGAUUCAAUCGGAAGACGGCGAAUUAGAUGAUCUACUUAGUACUUAUCUUGAGGAUGAUAUUAACGAUUUGGAAAGCGCUAAACGAUUAUUUUGUGUUUAUCGUACAUCUUAUGAAAAACUUGUCGAUAAAGAAAUUUUAGUACCAGUAGUUGUUAAGCAGCCUUCUUUUCACGCUCCAAUCCCCGAACCAGUAGAAGAAAAACCGCCACCGAAAGGCAAAAAGAAUAAAAAGGGAAAAAAGGUUCAGGAAUCUGCACCUUCCGAAGGAUUUUUGGAAGGUGAAGAAGCACAGCCUACAACACCUAUAACACCUAAUGUUGAAGAAGAGGAUACAACUGCUAUGACGGAGACUGACAUGUCUGAAAAAACUGAUAAAACGGAAGUUAUAGACGAAAGUGGCGGAAAGAAAAAAGGGGGGAAGAAAGGAAAAGAUAAGGAUAAAGGGGGAAAAGGGAAGAAAGGAAAAAAGAAAGAACCGGAACCAGAGGAGGAACCACCGGUUGAAGAAGAAGAGGAAAUUAUUUAUGUUCCAACAAUAAUCCAAGAACUUGUAAAAGUUUAUGUACUUCACGGAUUUUUUGGAUUACUAGAAGAUAAUCCAGCCUCAAAAGACAGAAGAUACGUGUGUUUUUUAAGAAAAUCCGAUGAUGGUAUUCCCAAUUACGAAACGAUGGAGGAUGCGGAUGCGGAAAUGCCUCAAUAUUUUUUCAUUACAACAUGCACUGAUAAAUUUCUUCCCGAACUACUAUCAAAAUGUGUCCUGGCAAAUGUACCAUUAGUAGACAAACAAUUUCGCGAACCAGUACAAAAAAAAGCAGUUCAAGAUGAUGCCGACACCAUUACUACAAAUUCUAGUGGCGAUUUCAAACGACCAUCAGAUUAUAGGAAGAUGUCGUUGAUGGCUGAAAAAAGUAAAGGUUCCAAACUUGUUAUAUCUGACGCAGAUAUGGAUGAUGCAGGUGCUGUUGUUGGCGUUGAAAAAACAGCUAUGAAAACUGAAUUAUUGAAUGAUUUGCAACAAUUGGUGGAUUCAAUUUCAUGGACUAUAGGACACGUUGAAGAUGAUUCUCAACAACUACUUUUUGAAUGUGCUGAUAUCUCCGAUAAAACGGAUGAAGACAUUAUAAAAGACAAGGGUAUAAUUGAAAAUCUUGAGGAGGUUGUCAUGUCUUGGGAAAGGCAUAUUUCUAAAACUAUUGAAUCGUAUAUGGCUAAAACUCCAGUUGGAAAUGGACCUAUCCCUGAGUAUGAUUAUUGGAGAGAACGUGAAUCUGGAUUAAGCACUAUAACUGAGCAACUUAAAAAACCUCGAUCAGUAAGAAUUUGUAGGCUUUUAGAAAUGGCAAAUUCAAAUAUUAUUAGCGGGUUUGAUUAUUACAAAGAUGAUUUAAAAAAAGUUUAUAGUCAAGCAAGAGAUAAUGUGAAAUUCUUAUCUACAGUUUUAAGAUAUUUUAAGAUUGUUGCAUAUUGCACUGAUUUUAUUAAAGUUACGGAAAGUAUUCCCUUAUUAAUGGAAGGGCUUCAAAUGAUUUGGGUUUUAUCGAGAUUUUAUUGUACUGACGAACAAAUGGUCCCAUUGUUAGAACGUAUAGCUUGGAGUUUAUGCGAUAAAGCGAGAACCACAUUAGAUGUAACAAAACUUUUUAGAAAACCAGUUGAACAAAUCAGUAGCGAAGCUCAGGAAGCUAGGAACAUGUUGCUAACUUUUAAAGAUGCUUAUUUGGAUAUAAGAGACAAAAUCGAACUGUCCGGAAAAUCUCAACGAUGGGAAUUUGAUAAGAAAAAGUUGUUUGGUGAAAGUGACUACAUUGCAUUAGUUUGUAAAGAUUUGGGCACCGUUGCUGAGAUAAUCGAUCAAUUUAGUAAUAUUUUCGGGGCAGAAUUAAAAAGUAUUCUAAACGAUCCUCAAAGAAUUGAUUCUGUGGUGAGGAGGGUGACUCAUUUGGUGAACGCAAUUGAAACUGCAGAUUUUGAUGUAUUCCGCGAAAGCUCCAAGGAAAAUUGGGACGCUGUUAUGGGAUAUUUUUAUAAAGAGGUUAGGAUUUUAGAAAGGGAAGCGGUUACUUUUAUAGACCAAUGUUUUAAAACAUUACGAUCUGCUGAAGGUGCCUUAGAAAUGCUGCUUAAAUUCAAACAUAUUAAAACGCGGAAGGUUAUUCUUGAUCAGCUUAUGACUAAAUUCGAAGUGGUUAUGGAUCAAUUUGGUAAAGAAAUUGGAGCUGUUGAAUACAUUUUUUUGUUGCACAAAAGAGAACCAAUUUUAGCUAGAAAUCAUCCUCCACAUGGCGGGGGCAUAUUUUGGGCAAAACUCCUUUUUAAUUUUUUAAAAAAACCAGUGCUGAAAUUUCAACAAGUUGAUGAAUUAAAAGGAUGUGGGCUAAAAAUGGAAGCUUUUGAUAAUUAUAUUAAAGUGGCUAAAACGUUGAAGGCUUUUGAGCAAGCCAAAUUUGAACAGUGGGUCGAAGAAUCGAUUCCAAUCAUUGAUACAACGAUGCAUCUCGAUGUUUUGAAAGUGACCAGUAGUUUAGUUAGCGAUUCAGAUCGCACACCGCAGCCUCCUCAAGCUAUAAAUCCGACGGAUUCUUUAUCGCCGGAUCCCCAAAUAGAGGUUCACGAGACUAAUAAAGGAGGAAUAAGAUUAUCUGCCGUUGGAAAUACCAUGAAGUGGAUGGUUGGUAGUAAACCAGCGACUACUUUAAUGGACAAACUUGCUUCCAAACAAAACAGUACAUGGUAUGAUAUUAUGGGGCCACAUAUGAUGUCUGAAUUAAACGUUCAAUUUAAUUUAAAUUUUAAUACAAGUAUUUAUCAUUGUAUACUUGGUGCAGAACUUAUGGAAUAUCUAGGAUUUGAACUGCCUGAGCCUAUAAUUAAUGUUGCACUUCAAAGAUUUCGGCUUAAAGGUGAUGUUGAGGCCGUCGAAAAUAUGCUGGAUAAAUACAACGGAAUUGUACAACACUUAAAUCUUCCUCAGUUACAUUUCUUGAGAGAUUUAAUUCAGGAUAUCGAAACAAGUGUUCAACCUGGUUUAUCAAGAAUCAAUUGGAACUCUUUGGGAAUCAAAGAAUACACGGCAGAGUGUCAUAAAAAGAUACGACUUUUAUGGGGUUUGGUUAAUCAAAUUGAACACAACGAAAGAUAUUUACAAGAUAAGAUCGAUAUUUUACAGAAUUUUAAUUUGUUUUGGUAUAAACCUGUUGAAGAUGAUCCAGUAAGAUUAGAUAUAAAAGUAUUUUUUAACACUUUGGACAAAUAUCGCACAGAAAAAGUUUGCCAAAUGUCAAAAGUUUACGAUACACUUGGACCAAUUUUAAUGAAAUUAGAGUCAUUGGUUUUAAAUAGUUGCACUGGGGCAUCGCCUUAUAUGAGGUUGUAUUACAGCGAUUGGGAGAAUAAAAUAUAUAAAGCGUUCAUCAAAAUGACCAUCAACAAUUUGGAACUCUUUAACGCAGAGUUUUACAACAAAAAGUUGAUGUUUCAAGUGGACGCUGUUGUUUCUGCUACAGAAAUUUACCUAAAACCGACCCCUCAAGAAAUUUACAACAUGAUUUUAAGAAGCAUUAAAGAUUUUUUAAAUAAACUGCGUGUAUUUCCUCGAUGGAUGGACAACAUGUGUCUUAAAUGUACCCCGGAACGAAUUGGGGACAGCGAAGAUUACUUUGUACAUUCUUUCUACGAAGAUGUCAUCGUGGUACCGGAUAUCAACGAUUCAUUAUUUAAACUGCAAGGAAACUGUAUGAAAAGUAUCGUUGACGUACAACGUUAUCUUAUACAUUGGAGAAAGUAUCGUUAUUUAUGGUUUUUUGAGAAAGAAAAGACCUGCGAUGAUUUUAUCGCGAAAACUGCAAAUCUUUCUUCGUAUGACGAUAAAUUUAUUUUUUAUACAAACAUUAUAAACGAUAUGAACGCUAAACAAACGUACCAAGACAUUGGAUCGAUAAGACUUAACUUAAAACCUUUAAUCGAUACGAUUUGUUUUCAUUGCGAUGAAUGGAAAACAAUUUUAGGUGGGAAAUUUGCCGCGCUAACCAAAAGAAAAAUGUACGAUUUUCGAGAUCACGUCCUCGAAUUGAGGAAUAUUAUUAAUAUGAAUAUAAGAGGCCUUGAAAAAUUUAAAGCCAUAAUGCUGGCAAUAUCACACGCAAUGCACGAAACCAUUGACGCAGAAGUAAAAUACUUAACUUUUCAAGAAACCUAUAAAGUUUUAGCCGUCCACAAUAUUUAUUAUGAUCCAUUAGAUGAAGAACUUGCGUAUUGGUUAGAAGAUGAGUGGAAGAAAAUUUAUAAAACAUCCCUUUUCAGAACUCAAACUUUAGAAUCAACCAAAGGUAGAUUUGCGUCAAUUACUGAAGGAGAAAUUUCGGAAUUUAGUAACAUCAUCGCCGAUUUUGUGGCUAAAUUUGAUGCCGAGGGUCCAGGAGCUGUCGAUCAAGACUUGGAUUCCGGGUUGAAACUGAUGGAUGAAUAUGCUAAAACUUUUGACGAACUCGAAGCGCAACGAUUGGAUUUGGUCAACGCGGAAAUGCUUUUUGAUAUGCCUUUGGCUGAUUACUCUGAAUUUAUAAGAGCCAAUGAUGAUUUUAAAUGUUUUGAACAAAUCUACAAAAUAUAUAAUGCUCAAAAAUGUGCUAGAGACGUUUGGGGAAGAACUCUUUGGGCUAAUUUAAAUCCCCAAGCUUUAAUAGACGGCAUUGAAGUUUUUUUAAAAGAUUUCCGAAAACUAUCCAAAGAGGUCAGGUCGUAUCCGAUUGCGCAAGUUCUUGAUUUAUUGAUGAAAAACUUUAAAGGCACAGUCCCGUUAAUGGUUGCAUUAAAAAAUGAGGCAUUAAGGGAAAGACAUUGGAAACAACUAAUGGAGAAAACUGGACAAUUUUUUGAUAUGUCUCCAGAUAGAUUUACUUUAGAUAAUAUGUUUGCAAUGGAACUCUAUAAAUAUCAGGAGAUAGCUGAAGAAAUCAUUAAUGCAGCCAUGAAAGAAUUAGGUAUUGAAAAAGGGGUUCAAGAUGUAAUAGAUACUUGGGCAGACAUGAACUUUACAGUAUUUAAACAUAUGAGAGGCACGGAAGAACGUGGUUUUACCCUAGGACCUGUGGAUGAUAUCCUACUGAUAUUAGAAGAUAAUUCAAUGAAUUUGCAAAGCAUGUCUGGCUCUCAAUAUGUGGGGCCUUUUCUUCCAAUAGUUCAGAAAUGGGAAAAGAAUUUAUCUCUUGUCAGCGAGGUGAUCGACGAAUGGUUUCUCGUACAACGAACGUGGCUUUAUCUUGAAGGAAUUUUUAUCGGCGGUGACAUUAGAACGCAACUUCCAGAUGAAGCAAAAAAAUUUGACGAUAUUGAUAAGAUGUUUAAAAAAAUUAUGUUGGAAACAGCUAAAAAACCGAACGUUAUAGACUGUUGCACAGCUGCGGGUAGAUUGGUUGAUUUUCAAACAUUAAGUUUUGGCUUAGAUCGAUGUCAAAAAUCCCUUAAUGAUUAUCUAGAUUCAAAAAGACGUCGGUUUCCAAGAUUUUACUUUAUAUCAACGGAUGAAUUGUUAUCAGUUUUAGGUAGUAGUGAUCCUGCGAUCGUUCAAGAUCAAAUGGUGAAAAUGUUUGAUAACAUAAAAUCUUUAAGAUUAGGUCCAGAUAAUCAUGACCGCAUGGUUGCCAGCGCAAUGAUAUCUUGCGAAGGAGAAGUAAUGGAAUUUAGAACAGCGGUAUUUACAGAUGGGAAAGUUGAAGAUUGGAUGACUGAAGUCUUGGGAGAGAUGCGCAAAGCUAAUCGUUUUAUAACUAAAACAGCCAUAUACGAUUAUGGGAAAACCCAACGUCCGCGAACGAAGUGGAUGAUGGAUUAUCAAGGAAUGGUCGGUCUAGUGUCAAAUCAAGUUUGGUGGACUGCAGAGGUUGAAAAUGUAUUUGUUAAAUUCAGUAAGGGUAACAAAAGGGCUAUGAAAGAAUAUUUAACUUUUUUGAAUAAACAGUUAGACGAUAUUGUAUUUACGGUACGUGCCGAUCUCAAUCGGAAUGAUAGAGCAAAAUUUAAAACUAUUGCCACAAUUGAGGUACACUCCAGAGAUAUCGUAGAAAAUUUUGUAAGGGACAGCGUAACUGACGCUCAAGAAUUCGCUUGGGAGUCUCAAUUAAGAUUUUAUUGGGUGAAUGCGUCGGAUAAUCUCGGCGUUACUCAAUGUACGGGAAGUUUUGAUUAUGGUUAUGAAUACAUGGGAUUAAACGGACGGUUAGUGAUUACUCCAUUAACAGAUCGGAUUUAUUUAACAAUCACUCAAGCUUUAUUAAUGCAUCUUGGUGGAGCACCUGCCGGACCUGCAGGAACUGGAAAAACUGAAACGACAAAAGACUUGGCUAAAGCGAUGGGAUUACUUUGUAUAGUAACCAAUUGCGGAGAAGGUAUGGACUAUAAAGCCAUAGGUACUAAUUUGGCGGGUCUAGCGCAAUGUGGAGCGUGGGGUUGUUUUGAUGAGUUCAAUCGAAUCGAUAUAUCAGUUCUUUCCGUCAUUUCCACACAAUUACAAACGAUUCGAAGCGCGCUUGUUUUGAGAUUAAAACGAUUUUUCUUCGAAGGCCAAGAAAUUGAAUUGGAUUGUAAAGUGGGAAUUUUUAUCACCAUGAAUCCUGGAUACGCUGGAAGAACCGAAUUGCCAGAGUCUGUCAAGGCCCUUUUUAGACCUGUCGUGUGUAUUUUACCGGACUUAGAAUUAAUAUGUUUAAUUUCGUUAUUUUCGGAUGGAUUUCUCCAAGCGAAAGUUCUCGCUAAAAAAAUGACCGUUUUAUAUAAAUUAGCUAGAGAACAAUUAUCUAAGCAAUUUCAUUACGAUUGGGGAUUAAGAGCUUUAAAUGCGGUCCUGAGAAUGGCUGGGGUAGUAAAACGCGCUUCGCCGGAUAUUUCCGAAGCUUUAGUACUUAUGAGAGCUUUGCGUGAUAUGAAUUAUCCCAAAUUUGUUUUUGAAGAUGUUCCUUUGUUCUUGGGAUUAAUUAGGGAUUUAUUCCCGGGUAUGGAUUGUCCAAGAGUCGGAUAUCCGGAUUUCAACGCGGCUGUUGAAAUUUCUUUUAAAAAGAGGAAUCUCCAAGUCUUGGCUGAUCAAUGUGAUAAAGUUGUUCAAUUAUACGAAACUAUGAUGACUAGACAUUGCACGAUGAUUGUUGGUCCAACUGGUGGAGGAAAAACAGUUGUCAUUCAAAAUUUGGCAGAUUCACAAACACAUCUUGGGUAUCCCACGAAACUAAUAACAAUGAAUCCCAAAGCUUGUACGGUGAUUGAGCUUUAUGGGAUAUUAGAUCCUGCAACACGUGAUUGGACGGAUGGAUUGCUCUCCAAUAUUUUUAGAGAAAUAAAUAAACCGACUGAAAAAAUUGAAAGACGUUACAUUAUCUUCGAUGGAGACGUCGAUGCUUUAUGGAUUGAAAAUAUGAAUUCCGUAAUGGAUGAUAAUAAACUGUUAACGUUAGCCAAUGGAGAAAGAGUUAGAUUAAAUUAUCCCACGUGUUCUUUGCUAUUUGAAGUGGGGGAUUUGCAAUUUGCCUCCCCCGCUACCGUUUCUAGGGCGGGGAUGGUUUAUGUUGAUCCUAAAAAUCUCGGUUUUCAACCUUAUUGGGAUACUUGGUUAACAACUAGAAACUUUGAACCCGAAAAAGCAACUCUUAAAAGAGUUUAUGAGCAAUAUGUUCCAGAUGGAUUAUCUUAUGUUAUUGAGGGUCUAUUAGGACUGCAGCAAGUGACACCUUUGAAAUGUGUUAUACCUCAAACUGGUUUGAAUAUGCUCACUCAAUUAUGCAUGUUUUAUGACUCUAUUUACCCACAACCAGAAGAAGAUACUCGAACACCGGACGAUGAAGUAGAUGAAAAUUUAAUUGAAAGCAUCUUUUUGCAAUGCAUUUAUUGGUCAUUGGGAGCACCGUUAGUAGCUGCUUCCCGAGAAGACUUUGAUACAUAUAUUAAAAAGCAAUGCCCAUUUAUGGGUGAAGAGGACAAACUAGAAACUCCAGCUAAAGUUGGGAAAAUGCCGACCACAUUUCCAUCAUUAUUUGAUUAUUAUUUAGAUAUUAAUGACUACUGUUGGUACGCUUGGGAAUGGUUGGUACCACCUUACGUACACGAUAGGAACAAAAAGUUUUCUGAAAUUUUAGUUGAAACGGUGGACACAAUGAAAACCACGUUUGCCUUAAAGAAAAUGGACGAUAUAAAACGACCGCUUGUAUUAGUUGGUGAAACGGGUACAUCAAAAACAGCUGUAAUUCAAAAUUUCUUACGAAGUUUAGAUUCUGAUGUUUUUAUUAUUUUAAAUAUCAAUUUUUCUUCGAGAACAACUUCGAUGGAUGUUCAAAAUAACUUGGAAUCUUCAGUUGAGAAAAGAACAAAAAAUAUUUAUGGACCACCGAUGGGGAAAAAAUUGAUUUGCUUUAUAGAUGACCUAAAUAUGCCACAAGUUGAUGAUUACGGGACCCAGCAACCAAUAGCACUUCUAAAACUUUUAUUUGAAAAGGGUGGUUUGUACGAUAGAGGUAAAGAUUUAAAUUGGAAAAUAAUUAAAGAUAUCAGCUACUUUGCCGCUAUGGGAGUCGCUGGAGGAGGUCGUAAUGAUGUCGAUCCAAGAUUUAUGGCUAAAUUUACUGUAAUUAACAUUCCUUUUCCAAGCGAAUCAACGCUGCAACACGUUUACACCAGCAUUUUAACAGGUCACCUUUCCAUUUUUGAUCCAGACGCACAACAAGGUGCGACUUUAAUAACUAUAACUUUACACCUUUAUAACAUGAUAAUCGUCGAGUUACCCCCAACACCCAAAAAGUUCCACUACAUAUUCAACAUGCGAGAUUUAUCCCGAAUUGUUGCUGGAAUGUGUCAAUCUGUUCCAAAGUUUUAUGACACAAAACACCAAAUUGUACGUUUGUGGAGAAACGAGUUCUCAAGGGUCGUUUGCGAUCGAUUAAUUUCGGCUGAAGAUAAUGAACUGAUGAGAAACCACAUUAUUGAUGAGUUGAGCCAGGUGUAUGGAUCAACGCAAGCUCCGGCUGCAGCAGGACCUCCUCCAAAACCAGCUGGGGAUGACGAUGAUGAUGAAGAGAGUCAAGCAGCAGCACCACCCGAAGAAGCAGCUCCAGUUGAUGGUGAUGAUGAAGGCGAAGAAGUAAAAAUAGACGUUUUAGAAUAUGCAAUGCGAGAUCCAAUACUCUUUGGAGAUUACAGAAAUGCAAUAAACGAGGGUGAAGCACGAUUUUACGAAGACCUUUUAGAUUAUGAAGCUGUUAAUUCGCUGUUCCAAGAAAUUAUCGAGGAAUACAAUGAGAGAAAGGAAAAAAUUAGUUUGGUUCUUUUUAAUGAUGCUUUGGAACAUAUCACUAGGAUUCAGCGAGCUCUCAGAAUGGAAAGGGGGCAUGUCUUAAUUGUCGGUGUGGGUGGCAGUGGAAAAGCAUCAUUAACGAGGCUUGCGGCUUUCACGGCUGGUUGUGAGAUGUUCGAAAUUCAAUUAAGCCGUGGUUAUAAUGAAUCAAGUUUCAAAGAUGACUUGAAGAAACUUUUUAAUCAACUGGGAAUUGAAGGAAAACCAUCGGUUUUCUUAUACACGGCAGCUCAGGUUAUCGAAGAAGGUUUCUUAGAAUUUAUUAAUAACAUUUUAAUGAUUGGUAUGAUUCCAUCUUUGUUUACCGACGACGACAAAGAUCAAGUGAUUGGUCAAAUUAGAGGUAAAGCGAGCGCAGCAGGAUAUCCUGUCACCAAAGAUGGCGUAUGGGCGUAUUACGUGAAUACUUGCACUUAUAAUCUGCACGUGGUGUUAUCUAUGUCCCCAGCUGGUGAUAUUUUAUCAAAGCGGUGUAGAUCUUUUCCAGGUUUAGUGAACAAUACCACCAUCGACUGGCUAUUCCCGUGGCCAUUACAAGCUUUAAUUGCUGUAGCUUCGGUUUUCCUUAAAGACAAUCCUCGUAUUCCAGAAAUUUAUCGAGAUCCAGUUGUUGCCCAUGUAGUUUACGUCCAUCAAAUCAUAAUUCAAUACACCAAUGACUUCAUGACACAGUUAAGGAGAAGAAACUAUGUCACACCUAAACAUUACCUCGAUUUCAUUGAUACUUAUUUGAAAUUGAUGGAUGAAAAAACGGAAUACAUCAACGCACAGUGCGACCGUUUAAUGGGAGGUAUGACAAAAAUUGAAGAAGCCAGUGUUGAACUGGAAAAGCUCAAUGCAAAAUUGGCUGUGCAAAAAGUUAUUGUAGGAGAAGCUACUGCCGCUUGUGAGACAAUGUUAGGAGAAAUUGAGUUAGGAACAAACGAAGCCACAGAGAAAAAAAACAUCGCCUCUGAAAAAAGCGCAGAAAUUGAAGAAAAAAAGAAAGUAAUUACUGUAGAGGCAGGCGAAGCUAACGAAGCACUUCAAGCUGCCCUUCCAGCUUUAGAACAAGCUCGACUUGCUCUAAGCGAUUUAGAUAAAAGUGAUAUUACUGAAAUUCGAUCCUUUGCAACUCCCCCAGAAGCUGUUCAAGUUGUUUGUGAGUGUGUUGUUAUCAUAAAAGGACUUAAAGAAGUAAAUUGGAAGGGUGCCAAGGCUAUGAUGUCAGAUCCAGGAUUUCUAAAAUCUUUGCAAGAACUAAAUGCCGACGCAAUUACCCAGAAUCAACAAAAAGCUGUUAGAGCCCAUUUAAAAACUUCAAAAAAGUUGGAUGAUAUGCAAAAAGUCAGUAAAGCUGGAUACGGUCUCUUGAAGUUUGUGGAUGCUGUUUUAGGUUAUUGCGUUGUGUACAAAGAUAUAAAACCAAAAAAAGAGAAGGUUGAGAGUUUGCAAAGAGAAUUCGAUGCAGCAAUGAAAAUAUUAAAUAAGUUAUAUGCAGAAAUUGCCAAGCUAGAAGAUGAUUUGAAUAAACUCAAUGAAAAAUAUGAAGUUGCUAUGAAAAAGCGACAAGAAUUACAAGAAGAAACUGAUUUGAUGAUGCGACGUUUAGAAGCUGCUGAUAAGUUAAUCAGCGGGUUAAGUUCUGAGCGUGCUCGAUGGACUGAAGAUUUAAAAGAUCUCCACCUAGAGAAGGAACGUUUGAUUGGAAAUUGCUUAGUGUCUGCAGAAUUUUUAUGCUACACUGGGCCAUUCAGUUACGAAUUUCGUAAGAAAAUGAUUUACGACGAUUGGUUGAAAGAUGUUCAGGCAAAAGAAAUUCCAUUAUCGAGUAAUUAUAAAUUAGAAACUUCUCUUACUACCGAUGUCGAAAUAAGCAAAUGGUCUUCAGAGGGUUUACCACCGGAUGAAUUAUCAGUUCAAAAUGGAAUUUUAACUAUUAGAGCUUCCAGAUUUCCUAUUUGUAUAGAUCCACAACUUCAAGCACUGACAUGGAUUAAAAAGAAGGAAGAAAAGAAUGGACUUAAAUUUUUAAGCUUCAAUGAUUCAGAUUUUUUAAAAUUUCUCGAUAUGUCCAUUAAAUAUGGAAACCCGGUAAUUUUUCAAGAUGUUGACGAAUAUAUCGACCCGGUUAUCGAUAACGUAUUGGAAAGAAAAAUUAAAUACGUAAGCGGAAGAACAUUUGUUAUUUUGGGUGAUAAGGAAGUGGAUUGGGAUCCAAAUUUCAGAAUGUACCUUACAACAAAGUUACCCAAUCCUAUGUUCAAUCCAGCUGCGUAUGCUAGAGGGGUCGUUAUUAAUUAUAUGGUAACCAUGUCCGGAUUAGAAGACCAAUUGUUAAGUGUCGUGGUGAGAAAUGAAAGACCCGACUUGGAGGAACAAAGAGAAUGUUUAAUUGCUGAAACAAGCGAGAACAAAAACUUAUUACAACAACUUGAAGAUUCAUUAUUAAGAGAACUUUCAACUUCACAAGGAAACAUGUUGGAUAAUGUUGAGUUGAUAAGCACAUUGGAAAAUACCAAAGUAAAAGCUUUUGAAGUUAUUAGUAAAUUGGCUUUAGCACAAACGACAGCAGUUGAAAUUGACAAAUUACGAGAUGGAUAUAGAUCCGUUGCUAAAAGAGGGGCAAUCUUAUUUUUUGUGCUAUCAGAUAUGGCGGGAGUAAAUGCUAUGUACCAAUAUGCUUUAGCCGCUUAUUUGGGAGUGUUUGCUUAUGCCCUUAGAAAAGCGUUACCUCACACUGUUUUAGCUAAGAGGCUUCAGAAUAUAAUAGAUACUUUAACUAAAAGUGUUUAUGACUACGGAUGCACAGGUAUUUUUGAAAAGCACAAAUUACUUUUCUCUUUUCAAAUGACUACGAAGUUAGAGCAACAAACCGGGCACAUUACUCAAGCUGAAUUGGAUUUCUUUAUCAAAGGAAACGUUAUGUUAGAAAAAACAAGACUUUCUCCAGCUAGCUUUUUGUCACAAAAAGGAUGGAGUGACGUUCUCAAGUUAGCUACCGAUUUUAGUGAUACAUUCCAAAAUCUUCCUAUAGAGAUUGAAAAGAACGUUGACGAAUGGAACCAUUGGUAUGAUUUAGAUGACCCAGAAUCAGUUGAAUUUCCGUGUGGAUACUCCCGAAAAAUGAAACCGUUCCAAAUUCUUAUGAUUUUAAGAUGUUUUAGAGUUGAUCGUGUUUUUCGAGCAGUUGGCGACUACAUCAGUGUUACAAUGGGACAAGAAUUUAUCAUGCCUCCUGUGAUCAGUUUCGAAAACAUUUAUGAACAAAGUUCGCCUACUACUCCAGUGGCUUUUAUUUUAAGUCCCGGGUCUGAUCCCACAGCCGAGUUAAUGAAGCUUUGCGAUAGAUUUGGUGGUGGUGUGGAUAACUUUAAAUAUCUAUCUUUGGGGCAAGGACAAGAACCGGCUGCUAUUAGCUUAUUGGAGAAUGCGGUUUCUCGGGGUCAGUGGUUAACCCUUCAAAAUUGCCAUUUAUUAUUGAGUUUUGUAAGAACUUUGGAGAAACACUUGGAAAAGUUUACGAAACCACAUCCAGACUUCCGAUUGUGGAUGACAACGGAUCCCACACCAUCAUUUCCAAUCGGAGUUUUGCAACGGUCGUUAAAAGUUGUUACUGAACCCCCUAACGGCUUAAAACUUAAUUUGAGAAAUACCUAUUUUAAAUUAAGACCUCAAGUUUUAGAAUCCUGUCCUCAUCCGGCCUACAAAUCGUUGAUUUUCGUUUUGGCGUUUUUUCAUGCUGUUGUACAAGAAAGGCGAAAGUACGAUAAAAUUGGUUGGAAUAUCGGAUAUGAUUUUAACGAGUCUGAUUUCCAAGUCUGCGUCCUAAUUUUGGACACUUAUCUUACUAAAGCAUUCAAAGCUCACGACACCAGAAUACCCUGGAAUUCGUUGAAAUAUUUAAUUGGUGAAGUGAUGUAUGGUGGCCGAGUUAUAGACGAUUUUGAUAGAAGGAUUGUUAGAGUUUACAUGGACGAGUAUAUGGGAGAUUUUCUUUUCGAUACAUUCCAACCAUUUCACUUUUACCACGACAAAGUCGUUGAUUACGUCAUUCCAGCGGAUGGCACACAAGAAGAUUACAUUGCAGCUAUAGAUCAACUUCCUUUAACAAACAACCCUGAAGUGUUUGGGUUACAUCCCAACGCCGAAAUUGGUUACUAUACCAACGCUACUAAAGAUAUGUGGAGCCUUCUUAUGGAUUUGCAGCCACAAACUGGGGGAUCAGGUGAAGGAAUUAGCCGGGAAGAAUUCAUUGCGAACGUAGCUGAUGAUAUUUUAUCUCAUAUGCCUGACCUUUACGAAAUAUGGAAGGUGAAAAGAGCAUUUCAAUUAACGAUGACGCCAUCAAUCAUUGUGUUACUUCAAGAACUUGAAAGGUUCAAUAAAAUAAUUGCUACAAUGUCUAGGACUUUAAAGAAUCUGAAAAGAGCUUUAGCUGGCGAAAUUGGUAUGGAUGCGGUUUUGGAUAAUGUGGGGUAUUCUUUGUUUAAUGGCCAAUUACCGAAUUGUUGGAGAAAACUAGCUCCAGCAACGUGUAAGAAUUUAGGUGGAUGGAUGAUACAUUUUUUGAAAAGGCAUGACCAGUAUUUUAAUUGGACUGUUCAAGGCGAUCCGAUGGUUCUUUGGAUAUCAGGAUUGCAUAUUCCGGAAACUUACUUAGCCGCAUUGGUGCAAAUUGCGUGUAGAAAAAAUAAUUGGCCUUUAGAUCGUUCAACAUUGUAUACAAAAGUAACAAAAUUCGUCGAUCCUUUGGAUGUUGAAGAAAGACCAGAAGUGGGACAAUGUUUAGUUGAUGGUCUUUAUUUGGAAGGAGCUAGAUGGGACGUAGAAGCAGAUUGCUUACAAAGAUCUUAUCCUAAAAUUUUAGUCGAAAACCUCCCCGUUUUAAGCGUUAUUCCGAUCGAAUCUUUUAGAUUGAAACUACAAAAUACUUUGAGAACACCUGUGUAUACGACAUCUCAAAGAAGAAAUGCUAUGGGAGUUGGUUUGGUUUUUGAAGCUGAUUUAGGCACAACCGAACAUUUAAGCCAUUGGGUUUUACAAGGUGUUUGUUUAAUUUUAAACAAAGAUGAUUAGUUGUAAUUUUAGUUGAAUCUAAUAAAAUAUUUUUUAU